AUGCACGGACCCACGCCAAAAGCCAUUUCCCGCAACGUAAGAAGCGUCAAGAGACCCAGAAGAGCAGCCAAACCUGUGGUCUCCACACAGGCCAUGAACAAGCUGGCGCACGUAACACUCUCUGCUGAGCAGAAGAUGUUAAGGGACCGCGCUUUGUCGUUCAUGCGCACGAACUUGUCUCAGUACAACAGUGAUUGGAAGCAUCCUGCCAUGUUUGUCAUCCAAGGGGACGCAGGUACGGGCAAGUCAGUGAUUUUGAACUCUUUGUUCAACGAAAUUCAAAAACUGUCCCAAUUCUCGCCUUCUUCUGACGAUGUCUUACACGGGACACGUAAUUACCUGGUGGUCAAUCAUCCUGAGAUGUUGAAGUUGUACCUCAGGAUCAGCGACAGCUUCAAGUACAUCACUAAAUCGUCGCUGGAACGGCCUACUUCGUUGAUCAACAACUUACAGAAAAAGAACCUCAUGGCCGACGUAGUCAUCGUAGAUGAGGCGCAUUUGUUAGCCACUUCGAAGGACGCUUUCAAAAGAUUCUACGGCGAAAACCAUUUGGAAGACUUGAUGUCUCUUUGUAAAGUGCUGGUCUUGGUUUACGAUGACAAACAAGCUUUAAGAAUGGGGUCGUACUGGGAUGAAGAAUCCGACAAUGGUGCCACUCUGAAGGAUUUCUAUGACCAGAUCCCGGCAGAAUCCAGAGAUUGGUACACUUUAAAGCAGCAAUUUAGGGUAGCUGCCCCACAGAAUGUGCUGAAUUGGAUAGACCAGAUCAGCGUGGCGGGGAAGAUCCCAUCUAUCGAAUCCGUGCUACCCAAAGGCAACGUUGCAGGUGUUGACGACAAAACUAAGGAUUUUGAUUUCAAAAUCUGGGACGAUUGUGGUGCCAUGUAUGAAGCCCUCAAGGAAAAAGACGGCCAGUACGGUCAAUGUAGAAUGCUCUCCACAUACGAUUUCCCCUACCGCCUAGAUGGGAAAGACUAUUAUGUCGAGUGUGGUGACAAUUUCAAAGUCCGCUGGGAUCGGUAUACCCCACGUGAAGUGACGCCAUGGAGUGAGCGUGGGGACACCAUCGACGAGGUAGGUAGUGUAUACACCAUCCAGGGAUUUGAUCUGAAUUACGCUGGUGUGAUCCUAGGCCGCUCCAUUGGAUACGAUGCUGCAAACGACUGUAUCAAGCUCAGACCGGAGUUGUAUGAUGAUAGGGCUGGUUUCACCAAAAAGAAAAACAUCCAAAAUGCCGAGAGUGUCAAGCAAAAAAUCAUUAUGAACAGUGUCAACGUUCUUUUGACCCGUGGUGUGCGUGGCCUCUACGUCUAUGCAUACGAUCCUGAAUUGAGAGAGAGACUGCUUCGCCCAUCAAAAAAAUGA